AUGGCUUCAGGAAAGAUUCUCGUUACGGGCAGUGGAGGUCUUUUGGGAGGGUUAACCAUUGAUCUUCUUCUCGAAAAAGUGUCUCCCGAAAAGCUUGCUGUUAUUACUCGAGAUCCCUCGAAAGUCAAGCGCCUCGUCGAUCAAGGGGUUUCGGUGCACAAGGCGGACUACUUCGACUACGACUCGCUCCUCUCUGCGUUCCAGGGCGUUGACAAAAUCAUGUUUAUCGGGGCACACGCCUUCACCGACCGCAUCAAGCAGCACUUCAACGUCAUCACGGCUGCGCGACAGGCUGGAGUGAAGCACGUCGUUUACACCUCGAUCCAGCGCCGAGAGGGCUCAGGCGUGGUGCUGUGGGACAUCACCGAGAGCGACACCUUCACCGAGCAGGCCCUGCGCGCAUCCGGUAUGGCGUACACCAUCAUGAUGCAGCCGGCCUUUUUGGAAACGUUUCACACGUACUUUGGUGGAGAGAUGCUUGAAGACGGUGUCCGCAUGCCGUUUGGCAAAGACAGAAAGACGGCGCCUGUCACUCGAGACGACCUCGCAGCGGCCAAUGUUACUGUGCUGACGCAGCCUGGGCACGAGAAUAAGACCUAUAAGCUGAGUGGCGACGAGGCGUUUUCGUUUUCGCAAGUUGCCGAGAUUCUGAGCGAAAUCAAAAACACAAAGGUGCCGUCUCAGGAGGUCAGUGAAGAGGAAUAUGUCAACUGGCAUGGACUUAAAAAGGGUGGCCCGCCUUUGCUGCCGCAAUUCCGUCUCAGUUGGGUUAAAACAAUGACGAAUGGUGAUUUCGAGGAGACGACGGGAGACUUGGAGAGGUUGAUUGGGCGGAAGCCGACUAGUUUCCGCGAGUACUAUGGCAAGCUGAGCUACCCUCCUUCAUAG